UAAAAGUUUACAACACCUAGUUAUGUUGUGAGAGUAAUUGUAACAACAUUCAUGAGGCUAUAUGUACAAGACAUCUAAAAUGGAGUGACUUAAGGAAUAAAAUCUAUAAUUAGAUACGUAGGUAUUAGCAAUGGCGAGUUCAAAUCCAUUUACAGACUUUUUAAUGAAAUAUACGACAGACUAUACUGCUGCAUCAAAAAGUGGCCUUCAUAAGGCAACUGUUGAUGGGGAUAUAGAAUGUGUUGUGAAAUUGUUGGAGGGAGGUGAUGUACAAAUCGACUUGGAAGAUGACAGAGGAAACACCCCGCUUUACAUGGCGGUACAAAAUAAUCAUUUCCAAGUGGUUAAAACCUUGAUACAACACGGUGCAAGUGUAAACCCAAAAUGUGUUCCUUUAAACAUAGUACAUGAUUUUGAAAUAGCAAAAUUACUAGUUGAUUCUGGGUCAUCUGUGACUGCAGUCGAUGAGUUAGGAAACACUCCUUUACAUAAGGCGACGGAAUUUCGCAAUGAUAGAAUCGCUGAAUUAUUCCUAAAUACUGGGGCAGAUAUUAACCAAACAAAUUAUAAUGGACAAAACGCACUACACCUUGCAUGUAAAAAUUCGUCUGACGAAAACAACUUUCAGACAGUUCAAAUGCUCAUUCGAUAUGGAAUAGAGGUUACCACACUAGAUAACUUAAAAAGGAGUGCUCUUCAUCAUGCAUGUCAGAAUGCAAAAACUUCUAACAUUAUAGGUUUACUCGUGGCUCAGAAUGCAGUUCUUCAGGAACAUGAUUUUCAAGGAUUAUGUCCAAUUCAUUACCUAAUGAAUCACUAUCAUUUGUAUGAUCCAGAGGAUGAGUCUUUAUUUGUAGCUGGAAUCGACAAACUUUUGCAGGGAGAAGAUUGCGCAGACGUGACUGAUGCGGCAGGUAAAACACCACUUCAUUAUGCUGCCGAGAAAACUACCGAUAGAAUUGUAUCUUUUCUCCUUAAUCGAGGAAGCAACGGUAAUAUUUCUGACGGAUUUGGGAGAACUCCAUUACAUUUUAUAAAUUCUGUUGAAACUUGCUCCGUUUUAACUUCCGGCGGAUGUAGGCCUGAUAUAAAAGACUUUUGGGGACAGACUGCCCUUCAUUCAGCCACCGAGAGAAAGGACAUUGAAAUUGUUGAAGAAAUGAUUAAUAACGGUACAAAUUUCGAUGAAGGCGAUGUUAAAGGACGUACAAUACUUCACAUUGCGGCAUCAAAUGGUUCAGACGAUAUUGUGAUGUUGCUUCUUAAAAAAGGAAUGAAUGCAAACAUAACUGAUAAUUAUUCCAAUACACCAUUACAUCUUGCAACCUGGAAUGACAACACAAGUACUGUGGAUCUUUUACUGGAAAACAAGGGCGACCCUUACUUUAAGGACGAAAACGGAAACACUGCGUUUGAUCUAUCUUUAUACAGGUCUUCAGAGGAUACUAUCGAUAUAUUGUCAAAGUUUACAAAUAAAACAAGUAACAAGAAAUCCCAAUGCAAAUUUACGAACUAUGCAGAUUCUCUGAUGCAUUUAGAUGAUUUGGAAAAGCUAAUAACUUGCAAUGGUAUGAUUAAAACAAGUGAACCAGAACUGAAUAAUUUCGUUGGUAAAUUAUUUGAAAAUGAAAUGCCUUACUCAAGAAGUUGUGAAUCAGAAGUCAAAGAAAUACAACUAGCAGUUGAGGCAAUGGCAUCACAUCUAGCAGAUAUAGUAAACAAACAUGAUCCUAGAUUUAAAUGUACGCUUCUACAUAUCGGCAGUGUAUCAGAAGGAACUAAAGUACGGUACCCUGAUGAAUUUGAUUUUACAUUUUGUCUCGAAGUAAUUAGUGACGCAUCUUAUCCUGAAUACAAAGACGAAGAAACAAUGACUCAAAUAGCAGUAGCCCUUCCAUAUAGUACUGGAAAUAAAACUAUUUCUGAUGCUUUUGCUGGGAUUGAACCGGAGGAAGAGGUUACGUCCAUAUCUGGAUAUGCAUAUUUGCAUUCUUCAAACAAAAUUAUUUCCAAUCUACUGUCGGAAUGGGCUGCUGAAAAUGAUUUAUUAUCCAGUUGUCAAAUGAAUUAUCUGUUUAGUAAGCUUCUUACUAAAGUUAUGUUUGCAAGUUCUUUUCCAAAGGACGAACGUUUAAUCAUUAAGGAAGUUACAAUUCACCCAGAAGUUUUAUUACAAUGGAGAGGUUCCAGAUUUAAGGAUCUUCAGAUCAGCGUAGAUAUUGUUCCAGCUGUAAGACUACCUUCAUGGCCACCCACAAUUAAUCAAGAUUCAAUACUUUUGACCAAGGACAUGAUGAUGUUGCCGUCAAUCGCUGUUCCUAAAAUGACAAGUGGUGAAAAUGAAGAUCUUUGGCGUUGUUCAAUGGUUUUACAAGAAAUAGCAAUAUUUCGAAAAAUGUUGCCUAAAAUUAGAAACAGUUACAUUAUUUCAAAGAUUCUCGUCCACUCACAUGUGUGCCCACAAGUUAAUUUCGGUGGAAACGAGGAAAUGAAAGUGUACUAUGGACAUUUAAAGGGUCUGUCAGAAGAAGAUCUAGAAGGGAUAUACAUGUAUGAAAGCAUUGAAAGUUUAAUUCCUUCAUAUCUUUUGAAAAUGGCAUUUUUACAGGCUGUAGAAAAGCGUGCUUUGACAAACGGAAUACACAGUGUGUACUGUAAACUGAGAGACAAAUCCAACCAAGGGUUUGACACACAUGAGUGUUCGGCACCGGCAUAUGGACCGGCUGAGACUAUGUUUCAUACGGAACAUUCAUCUGAUGUUGACAUACCUUUGGUACGCGAAUUGUUCAGUAUGCUUGAAACUGGUUUACUCAACAGAUUCGUACCGUCAUCUUUUAAUCCUAAACAGAACGUUCUUAACGCUAAACUUCUGUCUGGUGAUGCGGAAAAAGUCCAUAAAUACGUGAAAUUUAUUCUGAAACUUUUGGAAUAAGUUGCUAACAUUGAGCUGAUUUGCAGUUCUACAAUGAAAAAGUACAAUAGUUUUUUUUUUCUAACAAAUGUUUUGAAUGGUAUGUGGUCUUUAUCUGUUUUACUAUUGUCCAUAAUUCACAAGUUUAAAUUAGAGAUUAAGUCACAUUUUAUAAAUCUGUUAUGGUAGGUAAGAUGUAAUAAAAUUGACAUAUCCUAACUUCAUGUAGUAGUAUAGCCUUUCCCAUAAGCCUCUUUUUGUGUUUGAAUCCAAAAGUUAAAGUAUGUAAUUUGAACACUCUUCGUUUGAUUUAUAUUUUAUAUUUGUCUUAAGCCCGCCGAAACCUAAUCAGGUAUAUAACACAAAUGAAGCUCAAACGAGACCUGACAUAUAUGUUGUAUAAGUGAAACGAACUUUAACAAACUAAACUUGACAAUGACAUAGUAUAAAUCCCAUCAAUUUAAUCUUUGACAUGAAAACUUCUUAUUUAACUGAUUGCAGUGUUAUCAACUGCAGAUCAGAACCAAAUGUUUGAAAAUAAAACUCAAUCCUAUUCUACUGCACAUUAUUAAUUAAUUUUUAAGCAAAAGCCCGUCACAUGCAUUCUGACUAAAAUUGAUGGCAUUACAGUUUUCAUUAGAUAAGAGGUCGCCUUAUUAAAACUUUUCAAUUUUUGACGUAAAUUGUAUUUCUGGUUAGAUAGAUAAUGACACAACGUAUAGAUUCAUUAUUAUACUACGAUGUUAUUUUAACAGCUUAGAUUACUAGGUGCAUGUUUAUGCUCUGUUUAGUAUCAUGUUUAAGAUAAAUGUCUUGUGACUAAAAAGUGACAGCUUGCAUAAAAUUCUAAAAUUAUAAAUUUCUAAAUAUUGAAUAUAAGAAAAUGAAUAAAAGGCCUAGACCAAGUCAAAAAUAUGACAGUUGUUUUCCAUUCGUUUGAUGUGUUUUAUUAUUUAGAUUUUGCCAUUUGAUUAUGGACUUUGACCGUUUGAUUUUAAGUUCAGUAUUGUUGUGAUUUUACUCUUUGCUGAAGAUUUUGAUUGAAGCUGCUGCAAUUGUACAUUUGCGUUAGAGAUAAGUAAUUACUCGAAAAACUAUUAUUUCUUAUCAUUUGUCAGGUAAUGAUUUCUCAGCGGACAAUAUGCAGUCAAGCAAUGUCAAUGUCUUAUAAACAUGGUAAAGAUAGUGCAGACUUACAUUGGAUUUUAAAUUUUAAUCUUUAAAAAAUGAACAUUAAACUGCAGGAAAAAACUAUAGUAAA